GACUGUGUGUAGAUCGUUGUCGCGUGUAAUUCUUUUUUUUCAAGUAAAUUUUGGAAGUUAUAGAAAUGGCGGUCUGGACUGCUUUCUUCACCGUUGGGUUGGCUUUCUCAUCAGCUACCUUUUGGUUAUAUCUUUUGUCAAUUAAUUUACCGUCCUUGCCAGAAAACCCGCAAUUGCGCAAUGAAAGUGUCGAGCUGAGAUUUCCCACCAAUCUUGAAGACCUGACCGAUUUAGCAGAGGUUCUUCAAGACUACAAGGCCAAUCACUAUGGCUACGUCAUGCUGCUCUUCUGUAGUGCGUAUCUCUACAAGCAAACGUUUGCUAUCCCAGGGUCUGUGUUUAUGAAUCUAUUAGGUGGAGCCUUAUUCGGUAUCUGGUAUGCCUUCCCCCUGUGUUGCCUUCUGACUGCCAUUGGUGCCUCUUUCUGCUACCUCUUGUCACACGUCUGUGGCCGGGCGGUGGUCAUGAAAUACUUCUCCAGGAGAAUACAGCCGUUACAGAAAAAGGUAGAGGAUAACCUGGACAGCCUCUUCUUCUUCUUGCUCUUCUUGAGACUGUUUCCGAUGUCUCCCAACUGGUUUCUCAACAUCAGCUCACCCAUCAUUGGUGUUCCGCUACUCCAGUUCUUCUUAUCAGUAUUAAUAGGUUUAAUGCCUUACAACUUCAUCUGCAUCCAGACCGGGAGUAUCCUAUCCUCGGUGACCUCUCUCAGCGAGAUCAUUACCACGGACGUCAUGCUGCGACUAGCGGGCACGGCUGCGGUGGCGCUGUUGCCUGGCCUUGCCUUCAGGAAGUACAAAAGACGCGUCAAGUCCGACUAACAGUGACUGGAGUGCUUAUACCAGCAGGGUGCAUGUCGGCAUUCCUAACCCUAAACUAAGUAUUUUUGUAAGGAACCUUCCUGGGCCAUCCUGUGCAGGGACCAAAUGACACUUUCUUUGUACUUAACUUCAAAGGGGCAUUAAGUACCAUGUAUAUGUAGUAAGUUAUAGACCUUUCUUUCAUUUGACAUUGAGCACCAUUUUGAGGGCACAUGUGGUCUAGCGGUAGAGCACAGGCCUCAUGAUUGUGAGAUUGUGGGUUCGAGCCCUGCCGU